AUGGGCAUUUUUCUAAUUCCCAAGGGUAUCUUGAGGAAUAUUAAUAAACUGAUGCAGUUCUUCUGGUGGGGGAUUGGAAACAAGAAUUCCAAGAUGCAUUGGUUAAAUUGGAAGGGGCUUGGAAAGGGCAAACAAGUUGGGGGUUUGGGAUUUCGAGAUUUUGAAGAUUUCAACAUAGCUUUGUUAGCUAAGCAAGGGUGGAGACUCAUCACCAACACCCAAUCUUUGGCCUCUCGAGUCCUAAAAGCCAAAUACUUCCCUUCAAUUGACUUUUUUGAAGCAAGAGUUAGAAGGAGUGAUUUCUUUGUGUGGAAAAGUAUUACAGCAGCCAGACCACUACUCUAUGAGGGACUUCUAUGGAAGAUUGGUAAUGGAAACAAAGUGAAGAUUUGGUCAGAUCGAUGGCUGCCUAUUCCAACGUCAUACAAGACUCGGCCUCCUCCCAAGGUGCUCAGUACAGAAGCAACUGUCAACUCUCUCAUCGACCAAGACUCUCACUCUUGGAACCUAUUCCUUGUUCAAAGUGUUUUCAUCCCUGAGGAGGCUGCUAUCACCUCUAGAAUUCAUAUCAGUCCCUGCAACAGUAAUGAAAAAUAG